CACUUUUUCUUUUCUCUGAGCCCUGCUGAGUCUAGUCAUGACUCGAUUUCUGGUGACUAAUAGAGGAGCUGGGACACUAUUGUUUCUUUUGGCUUCUUGAGCAACUCUGUCCCGUUACCUCCCCUCAGCUGGGGAGACCUAAAGCCAUAAGAUGCUCUGGAGCUGAGGCACAGGCACAAAUUGCUGUGUUGUCUCAGCCCUUGGCUCACACUUGCUCAGCUUGGUUGGGGUUUUGUUUCCCUGUGUUUCUUUCCAGAGCCUGUUUGUGCUUUCAAGAGGGGAGUGAAGUUGCAGCCUGUGUAGAAACGGGACAAAUCCAGAAGUGGCAUUUUCAGCCUGGAGCAGGGGAGCUUUUGGGGACCUCAGUGCCUAAAGGGGCUCCAGGGGAGCUGGAGAGACAGUUGGGACAAGGGAUGGAGGGACAGGACAAGGGGAAAUGACAGGGUUAGGUGGGAUAUAGAGAUGGAAUUCUUCCCUGUGAGGGUGGGCAGGCCCUGGCACAGGGUGCCCAGAGAAGCUGUGGCUGCCCCUGGAUCCCCUGGAAGUGUCCAAGGCCAGGCUGGACAGGUCUUGGAGCAGCCUGGGACAGUGGAAGGUGUCCCUGCCCAUGGCAGGAGGUGGAACUGUUUGAUCCCACAGCCCAAUCCUGUGAUUCCAUGAUUUGGUGCUGGCUCCAUGCAGAGGUGGCUCACGGUCACCUGCAGGGUGUGGGAGGGACAUGUCCCAGCUGUGCUGCGGCCACCGAGGGCCCGCCCUGCCUGGAGCAUUCCUGGCUCCAUCCCCAGCGAGUGAUGUCCCUUGCCAAGUGUUGCAGUUAUUGGGAGACAAAAAUUCCUCGGGGCAGCGGCGUUGGCCGCAGCCUCGCUAUUCACAGGAGCCGUGCACUUCGGGAAACAACUGCGUGACAAAUGGGCUGCUCCGGCUUUUUAGUGGCUUCUCCUCCCUUCAGCCUCGACAUGUGGGACGGGCAGGAGCCUUGGGGGCUCUUCACUGGGCUCUGUGGUUUUCUUUCCUUUCAAACGGAUUAAGAGGGACAUGUUCCUGUGACAAGAAUGAAGCGAGACAACUGUGUGCAGUGAGAACAUGAAGCAAAUCGUUAACAGGACUGCUUUAGAACAGGCCUGGGCAGCAAGGCUGGGGGCAGCCGUAAAUAACGGGGGGUUGGGAGAGCCGGGGAUGGAGCUGGCAUUCCUUGUCCCCCGCUGGCAGGAUCUGGGAUGUGCUCCAUGGCUGCGGGCAGGGGGAGGCAGAGGGAGAAUCCCUUUGCUCUGUAAAAGGCCGGAGCAUUGCUGUCCCCUCUGGUGUGUGCUCGGAGUGUUGGAGGAGAGAACAAUUCCUUGGGAUGCAGGAGGAGAGCAGGAGGGAGCAAUUCCUUCAUGCAAUGAACAUGUGAACGUUUUUCUGGUGCUCACAACAACCAAAGUAUGAGUUGGAGACGUGGAAUUGGAGCUGGCUGCAGGUGACCUUGGCAAAUGGAGCUUUCUCCUGUUCCCGGUGGGAUGUCCCUCCCCAGGCACUCCAGGAGCUCCCAGGGAAGGUCUGUACAGCCACACUGUGCUUUGUGAGGGGGCAGCUCUGUCCUUCAGGGCUGGGAGAGGCACCGUCCCUAUUGGGAUCAGAGCUGCUGAGGAAUGCCCUGGGAAUGCAUGGAAGGAAGAGCAGAUCCAAUGGACCUGGAUAACCAGGAAUCCUUCUGCUCCCAACACCCAGGCUGGAGCCCAGCACCCACAGUGUGGAUGUGACCUGGGCAGGUGCUUCUGUCCCCGCUUCCUCCACAUUCCAGUCCCGCUGCUCCUUCCUCACACCCCUUGGAGACUUCUCCCACAAAAUCCUUGGGGGAACGGGGAAUUCCUCCAACAGACCCUGCUGGAGCCCUGGAGCCAUCGUGGAGGGCUCAGGAAGCUCAGGAUAGCUCAGGAUAUCUGAUUUCAGAGCAGAUCUCUCCCUGUUCAGGCCGUGUGGUUCACUCUGCCUUUAUCACGAUCCAGGAAGAACCUCUCGGUGUUUGCCGGGUCUGAUCCACACCCGGAGCUCCUGUGAAGGGAGUUCCCAACCCAGGGAUUCUCUGUAGAAGUCCCAGAUCCAAAUCAGGGACUUUUCAGCUGCUGCCAGGGGCUGUGUCACCGUGCAGACCCAAGCCCAGCAGUUGGGGUGCAGGGGGACAAGCCGGGCUUCCCCGGGCGUGGCAGAGCUGGACGUGCCCAGGCUGGAGCGCCCGGGGCCGGUUCCGCUUUUGGGAGGGCUGGGGGGGGUCAUCCAGAGGUCGGUGUUUCCCUGGCAGGAGGAGCUGACAUCUGCACAGAUGUGCUGUGUGCUCACAGCUGCCUCCAGCCCCGCCCAGCCCCGGCACGGCGGGGCAUCAGCCCAGAACGCUGUCCCUGGCGUGUCACCGCUGUCCUGCCUGCCCUGGAUGCUGGGGACACCCGGCCAGCUCAAGGCUGAGUCACAUCCUGAGGUGACAAAGUGGCCCCCACCACGGCAGCUAUCAGAGGGUGAAGGGUAACUCCGAUGUGUAACUGCACCUCCAGGAUUAGAGCAUGAGCUCCGUGGCUGAAGCUUCACAUCCUUGGACAACCCCUCAGCAGCCUGAGUUGCUCCUUCACAUGGAAUUGGCCGCACUGAGCCAAAAAUAAAAACAAAACAAAACAAAAAAAUUGUGCAUUUUAGAGAGUGCCCGUGCCCCGUGAAGCAUGAGGGGAGUGUCCCCAAGGAGUGUGUCAGCACUAGGUGGCACAGGGACACGGAGAUGCCACCACAAAAUAAGAUCCCUGUGGGUGGGGCACAGCUCCGGGUCGGGUCGGGCUGGGGAGGGAAUGUCACUGCCGGGGUGUGGCGGUCGGGUGAUCCCACAGCCAGGAGCUGUCCCUGGCUCAGGAUGGCUGCAGAGCCAUCACCAGCUGCCCCUGGUGUCCCGGGAGCUGGCACAUCCUGUCCCUGGCACAGGGAAACUCCCCCAAAGCCUCUCAGCUUUCCUACGAGCCACCUCUGCCUCCUGGCAUUUGAUGUCACAGCGGGUCCAGCCGGUCACCUGAGCUCCCUCCUCCCCAUCCUGCCCUUUCUCUUUCCCUUCCCUGUGGCUUUGUGCCGUUUUUCCCCCUCUGCGAGCUGAUGUCUUUCUUUUCCCACUUCCGUAGCUACGAACACCCACAUGCCUUAUCUCCUUCCCCCAUCCCAUCCUGAAGCCUAUUUAUACAGAGCCUGGCUCCUGCCCAGCCUGCCAGCGACGCCGCAGGAGCGGGACGGGGCUGGCAGCGCCCGCAGCCCAACAUGCUCUGGGCUGCUCGGGGAUGUUUCCUGCUCUGGCUGCUCCCGUCCAUCCUCAGAGCCCGGGCUAGCCCGGAGACGAGGCCCAGCUCCCCACUGUGCCAGCAGAGCCCCACGAAAGCGUCUUGCAAAGGAGUUGGCCUGCAGAAAUUUCCCAAGGAGCUUGGCCAAGGAAUUAAGUACCUUGAACUCUCCAACAACUUCAUCCAAACCCUGUCAGGCAGCAACAUGCCAGGAUUUGGGCAGCUGGAGUACCUGGAUGUGUGCUUCAACCAGCUGGAAGCUGUAUCAGCCACCGCCCUGGCUCAGCUGCCUCGGCUGCGCUCGCUCCUCCUGGGAUCGAACCGCCUGGACCGGAAUUACUUGGCUAACGGGGAAGCUUUCCAUCUGCUCGGGAAUAUAGAGGUCCUGGACCUGUCUGUGAAUAACCUGGAGAGCCACAUGGCCAGCUGGUACAUCAGCAACCUCACCAGCCUGCAGGUGCUGGAUCUCUCUGGGAACACGAUGACCAAGCUGCUGGCAGGGACCUUCCGGAACUCACCGCGGCUGCGCCAGCUUGACCUCAGCAACAACUACAUCAUGGAGAUCCAGGAGGGAACUUUUGAGCCUCUGGAAGAGCUGGAGGUGCUGAACUUGGCUUUGAAUUCCCUCCACUGUGUCUCUGGCUUCAGCCUCACGCAGCUGCGAGUUUUAAACCUCAGCCACAACGCCCUGGAGCUCUUCUCCUCUGAGGAGGAGGGAGCGGAGCCCUACCUGCUCCGAGUGCUUGACUUGAGCCAUAACAGACUCCUCUCUUUUCCAGAGCUCCCCAGAGCCCAUGAUCUCACACACUUAAACCUUUCCAACAACCUCAUUGCUUCCCUGCUCCCAGGCUCACCCCAUCCCAGGGAAUUUGUCCUGCUCUACAAGGAGAUGCAGAGGUUCAACAGGACCGUGCGUCCCAUGGCCACUCUGACACACGUGGCUGACCUGGAUCUCAGCAAUAACCGCCUGGAGCUGUUCCCAUUUUCCUUCUUCCACAGCCUGGGCUCCCUGCACAACCUCAGCCUGGCAAGGAACUGUCUCCAGGACGUGGCCAGGGAGUCUGCCUCCAAUGGCACGGAGCUGUCCGUGCGCUGGCUGGACCUCCAAAGCAACGCCCUCCGUGUGCUGCCACGCUGGUUCUUCGAUUCCCUGCCUCACCUGGAAUCCAUGGAUCUGAGCUCCAACAGCCUCCAGCCUUGUGAGAGCCAAGGGAGUGACCAGGGAAGGGAUUUGAGAGGGGAUUCUCACACGCCAGCCGCCGGAGACACCUGCACCCCCUUCUACAACGUACCUCACCUGAAGCACCUGAGCCUGUCCAAGAACAACAUCUCCAGGCUGCAGCCCCACGCCUUCAACCAGACCCCGCUGCUCUCCCUGGACCUGUCUGGAAACAGGGACUUGUCCAUGGCCACGGGAGCGCUGGGGGGGUUGGAGCUGUCCCUGCAGGAGCUCUCUCUGAGAGACAACCAGAUGGACGAGGGCCAAGCAGCGCUGCCCUGCCUGGGCACUCUCCGAGUGCUGGACCUGUCAGGCAACCACCUGAGCCUGCUGCCCACGGGACUCUCCUGCUCCCCGCUGGAGAGCCUGGACAUUCGGAAUAACCACCUGCAGAGCUUGGGAACAGCUGGGAGCUGGUCCCACAGCCUGAGGGCAGUGUUGGUGGCUGGGAACCCCUGGAGCUGCUGCUCUCUGGGCUGGCUGGACACGCUGCGUGCGGCCGGCGUGGCCGUGCCGGACCUGCCCCAAGCCCGCUGUGUCUUCCAGGAGCACGGCUGGAACAUCUCUGCCAGGAUCACCGGCACUCCCCGCUGGAUCUGUCCCCAGCCCAAGGGCGCUGCCUCCCUGGCUCUGCUCGUGGCCCUGAUGAGCCUUUCCCUCCUCACUGCCUGGGCUUUCUGCCUCCUGAGGAAAGGGCGGAAGGCUCCGGGAUGUGCGGGACUCGGGAGCAACAGGGUGGGAAUCUUCCAUCCCAGAGGAAAGGGGCCAGCUGAGGAGAGGCCACCUGACAGCAUCACCCAAGUGUAGCCUAGACCUGCAGCCAUCGGUCAGAACUCUAAUUAUUAUUAAUAAUAUUAAUAUUAA